AUUAUUAUCUAUACAUCUGUUGUCUCGGACAAAUGUUGAUGCUAUUAAUUUUCUAUACACGGUAGUAAUUCGCGCUAAAAUUAUUUAUGUUUAACUCAACACAUAUUGUUUUGCAACAACACAAAUUGCCUUAGCAUCGUGCUAUCAUACAAAAGUCGCUUACAAAUUACGUCACGUUCAUUCCAGUCUUCUGUCGCUAAGUAACAGCGCAGAGCGACGCUCAACUCAAAAGUAGCUUUAAUAUUCAAUCUUAGUCCGUUUGCGGACACCAUAGUCUAUGUGUUCGAUGACUAUAGGAGUAAACUCUUAAAUUUAUGUCUUCGCAAGCUAUUUUGGAUACAAUGGCCAAGGUGGUGGCUCUCCUAGCUUUCCUACUGUUUUGUUGGGCGGAUAGCAAAGAUCUUGUUUUCCAACCAUCGUCUAUGAUUGCCACUGGACCAAGAAUCAAGGCAUAUUUACUGGGCAAUAUAAAAGACAUCUCUCUGAACGUGCGCACUGUAUUUCCAUCCAAAUUAACAGGAAGUAUUGAUCCUCCGUCGUGUGCAGCUGAGGAAACAUUGUGGAAUGUGACAACGGAAGUUGUUGGAAUGAAUGCACUCCAGGUUAAUAUGAAGCUGAAUAAAAGUCUGCAUUUGUGCGGUGACAACGAAACAGACUGCUGCCCAAAGCCGCUGUGUGUCCUGGAGACGCUGCAGUUAUCUGCCUGUGUGGGCAACACAGUUAAGGCCUCAUUGCUGAUCCAAGUCAAGAUUCAUGCUCACUUGAUUUCUGCUAAUCCUGGAUCUGCCAAUCAAACGAUCAUCCCAAACCAAGUGUACGAACCUCUGGGCUCCUGUCCAUGUGACCUCACUCCUCAGACAUGUGAUAUCCGCUGUUGUUGUGACAAGGACUGUUCACCUGAGGAGUUGAAGCUGUUUGAGUUGCACUGUUUCCCAGGACCCUUUGGUGGACAGCUCCCUCCAGUUCCAGAUUAUCAAUGCUCUGCACAGAGAGAGGACUCCCCAGACUGGUUUCCAUUUCUGUGUGUCAUCUCCCCACCCGAAAACAACCCAUACCUGGGGCUCUUCUAUAAUGGAGACAAAAUAACGCCAAAGCCUCGCCCCUCCUUUCAAAUGCCUGUUUUGUCUGCACCAGUUUUUAAUAUCUACAAACAAGGAAAUCCCAUUUUUACUAUGGAUGAUCAGUUGUUCACUAUUCCCCAGAUGGCAAUUGGACACUGUGUUUCCAAUGCUCCUGUUGCCUUUUUGGAGAAUUUUAGUUUCAAAUGUUUGAACCUGCUGGAUUCAUGUCCAACUGAUUUCCCUUUACAAACACGUCCGUCAGAUUUGAGGGUUCAAGUGAACAAUGGACAAGGAGGUGAUGUCACAGUAGAAGUCAGAGACGAAUCGAUCGGGGAUUUGAGUAAUUUCUUGUCAAAUGCAGACAUUACUCCAGAUGGAGGCCUGGUUUGUAAGAAUGUGACCUUGGCUUUGGAUUACACAUUCUACUGGAAAGGGAAUCUCAUCACAAAUAUCACCGUGAUACGCUCUGUCGGGACAGUCGUUUUAAAUGGACGCGUGAAGUUAACGACAAGGUAUUCUGCUGUUUUCCUGACAAGAGAUUAUGUGGGAGACUCUAACUCGGGGAAUCCAGGUUACCAAGUGGGAAAGCCCGUCAUUGCUGGGAUUAAGAGGACAGAAAAUAAUACUUUCUCUGUGCAGAGGACAUCACUCAAUCUCUGGAAACCAGUGCGGGAUGGGCUGUGUUCCACUGCUGAGAAACAACCAGUUCUAUUUGCAUUGAAUUCAACAUCAGGAUGUCUUUUACUUGUCAGCCUACAAAACCUGACUCAGUGUGAGCUCCUGAGGGACACUGUUGGUUCUAUGCAGGCAAACUUGAUCACAGCCACAUAUGCUGCAAAAAGUGGAAACCCGGAUUCUGAAACAGAAGCAGACUGGAUCAAAAUAAGUUAUGGAAACUCAAGCACUUCGAAGGGAGAUGGAGAAGGUUCUUGCAGUGGAAUUCCAUCCCAUAUCCACAUCAACAUUUGGAGUUUAGUUAAUGAAACGACUGAAGGAAAUGCUCAAAGGAUGAUCCAAGCUGUACAAGUGCAGUCCACACUGUCCACCUGGACAUUAGAUUGCGGAGGAGGUGAUUUCGCCCCAUGUGCAGAUCCUGCAGAGGCAGAGAUGUUUGAAGUGACCUCGUCAGUUACCUUUAUCGACAUUCCUGUCCGUACCGGACCUCCAAAAACCAGGUUCCAAAUAAAUUUCACAGAGUAUGAUUGUGACAAGAAUGAUGUAUGCUGGCCUCAGCUCGCCUUCCCCUUGACCAAAUAUUACUCUGGUGAGCCACAUUCUCAGGCUUUGGCUAAAGGCCUGAUCUUGGUCUUCUUUUUCAUCGCUGCUGCGGUUCUUGGGACUCCCUGGAGGCAAAUCCGGCAGGCAUGGAAUAAUUCCUCUCGCACUGUAAUAGAGGAUUCCUGAAGAGACACUUGUUAUAGUUAUGUACAGUAUUUAAGAAGAACAGUGUGGGUUCACUCUUUAGAUAUAUUUGGUAAAACUUGCUAUGUCCACACAGGCCAGAAAUUCGUACAUGUCAAUGUUCUUACAACUGCUGGUUCAUGUUUAUAUUGUGUAUAGCUGUUGUUACACCCUUUUGUUAUAAAAUAAAAAAAUGUUUAAUAUUU